UGUAAAUAAAAUUGGAAAUGAACUAAGAGAGCUGGUUUGUAAACAAAAUGUGGUGGUAAAACAAGGGUAUUCCUACCGGAAAUAGCUGUGAUAGAUAAAUAACAAACCGCAUACUAAGUUAAGAUAACAUUUUGAAUUGAAUGCCAUCGAAAUGUAACAACAGAAACUUUUGCAAAUACACCUUUUGUUGUAUUUGGCGCUUGUUUAUAAUAAUAAUUGGCUGCAUGUCGUCAAUUAUUUAGUUAAAUUUACAAGGAAAUGAAUGACGAAAGCAGUCUUUGAGCUUUUUGUGACAUGUUACUCCAUGAAAUAUGGCAUCAGCUACAAUAGCAAAUGAUGACGCUGAAACAAGUAAGCAGUCACAGACAAAUGGAUUUUUCUUCGAGGAUACAGAUUUUAAACCAAAGUGUAAAGAUUCUGAGGAAUAUCUUGGACCUCAUGAUUGGAGAAAGAUUUUGAGACCAAUCGAAGAUGGAAAUUUAAAGUCGCCAUCAGCAAGAUGUGAAAGCAAUGAAGACCAGAGGAUAGCUACAAACUUAAGUGUGACAGAGUCAGAAAACAAAGCUAUUAAGGAUAGUCGGAAGAUCCACAAUGAAGAUUCUAAACUAAAUGAAAAACCAAAACGAGUUCCAUCAUGGAAAAGACAUUUGAUAGAAAAGAAAAAAAACAAAAGUGGAAGGCUUGUCAGAAAUGGAAGUGGAGCAGGCUCUCAGGAUGGUGGUGGAGUAAUGAGAAAGAAGUCAUUCAACAGAAAUGUGGAUUCUACAUUUAAACAACAAGUUGUUAAUAGUAAUAAUCUAUCACAGAGUAACUCUUUCAGGAGACGUAUUUCUCCUUCAAAUUCAUUUAAUAAACAAAGCCAAGGUUCAAGUUUGUUAACCAAAAAUAGGAUAGAGAAAGUACAGAGAGCUAGGUUAUAUUUACUUCAGCAGAAUGGACCAAACUCAUUUCUCAUUGGUGGAGAUUCACCUGACCAUAAAUUCAGGGUUAUCAUUGGUCCACAGACCUGUAGCUGUGGAAAAGGCCCACAUUGUGUUCAUGUUUUGUUUGUCAUGUUGAGAGUAUUCAAAGUACAAGAAGGUGACCCUUGCUUAUGGAGCAGAACACUGAAAAAUUAUGAGGUGGAAAAUUUGUUCAGAAUUUAUCAAAAUAAAGUAUCACUUAGAAUUUCUAAGAAGAGAAAGGAGAAAGAAAAUAAGAAGGGAUCUUCUUCAGAGUCUAUAUCACCUGAGGUCACACCAACACAGUCAGAGAUCGGAAGUGUGAAGGAAGAAGAAGAUACAUGUCCGAUAUGUCUCUUGGAGAUGUUAGAGGGAGAAAGUCUUCUGAAGUGUGAGAAUGGCUGUCAGAAUAGACUUCAUCAUCAUUGUAUAGCUGUGUGGUUUGAGCUGUGUCGAAGACAAAAUGACCCAUUAAUUUGUCCAUUGUGCAGAGCAAAGUGGAAAACAAACACAUUUGAAGUAAAAAGUCAUGAAGAACCUGUAUCAAGAGAGCCACCAGGAGCCCCUCCAAAUACUAGAGCUCCGUCACCCCAGCCACAGGCAUCUGCAGCAGAGACCCGUCUUCCAUAUGCUGAUCCAGUGCCUUCAGAAUUCAAAGAAAUGGCCUCACCAUGGAUAGAGGUGUUUGGAGAGGAUUUGGUGUCUUGUUUUUUCACAAAGAAUUGGUCAAUUAGAGAAUCAGCUUUAAAUCAUUUAAGUAAAGAGGUACAGGCAGUUUUAAUGAGAGGAAUGGGGGAAGGUAGAUCAGGUGUACUAGUAUCUCCAGAACGACAGACAGCAACCCACACAACUUUAGAAUGUUGCUGUCAGAUACUGGCCUUUAUGAGCAAUGAUCCUGUUUACAGAGUUUAUGUUGCUUCAUUGAGAACUUUAAGAACAAUAUUGUCAUACACACCCUGUAGAGAGCAUCACCAGAAAUUAAGACUAGAAAGAUUAUUGAAGUCUAUAGUUGAUGCUGUUGCUAUCAAAUGUACAGAUGGAAACAGGCGUACCAGUCAGUUAUCUUUAUCAACAAUAGUAGAAAUUGGAAAGGGGCAAGAUGGAGAAUUGGCUGUGGGAAAAGAAAUACAUAAUUCUGGUGGCCAUGGAUUACAUGGACUAGAUUAUAUUAUAAAGUGUAUGACUGAAGAUUACGACGGUGAAUCAGUCGCCUGGCAGUGGUUACUUGGAAGAUUAUAUGUACUGGAGAGGUUGUUUGAAGAAUUUCACAAUGAAUUGCUGCCUAGGAAUCCACCAGAUGGCAGAUCUGCAGAUGAAGAAGGUCCAUCUCCAUCCUCAAAGUCAAGAGAUGUUUAUCAUAAACCUUCUGUACAGGAUAGACUGUUAGCCAUUGCUAAAUUUGCCAUUAAAUGCGUUUCAAAUUCUCACAUGAGAAUAAGUCGAAUGUCAAGACGUGUGUUUCUACUUGUUUGUAGAUUUUCUGCUCAUAUUGAAAGUAUGAUAGAUGAUUUAGAAGAAAUGCUCACUGCUAUUGACACAAAUGUAGGUGCUAAUAUGAAAAAGCGUUUGUGGAGAAUAGUUAAUGAUUUUCAAUUGUCCGAAAAAAUUGUUCAAGAAUUACAUCAUGGUAUUAGAAAUAGUCAACAUUCUGAUGAUUCACCCACUGUUACACCUGUGUCAACUCCACGAUGUAACUCUCCCGUAACACAUUUAGAUAGUGAGGCCAGUAUUACUCGACCAUUACCAACAGCUCCACCUAACACACCUAUUCAUUCAAGAAGAAAACAAAAAUCUAAAAGGACGCCAAGCAUAAAAGUAGAAGAAGAAGGGAAAGAAACCAUAGAUGGAGUAUCAAAUAAAUUAAGUGAAGUGCUGAACAAUGAAAUUAUUGGUACUGUCAACCUGUCUGCUCAAUCACCAGAUAAAAAUCCUCCACCUAUUCCACCGAGGCCAUCAAGCAGACGUGGUAGUUAUGAAAUUUUAGAAACAGGACCUAUCUUGACACCACCUCCACCAAUAUCACGUAUCAGUUCAACAGACGUUCAGAAUAAUAACAUAUCACCAGGAUUGUUGGAAACUGACUUCCCUGCUACUCCAGAGGAGAUUACAGAAGAUGCUUCAAAUAAAACUCCAGAAACAACUGAAAAAAGGGAUUCAUCACAUAAGAAAAAGUUGUUUUUGCCACUGAACACAAGCGAUGAUGUUUUUGAGGCACCUAAUCCAGAAGAUUCUACAUUUGUAAACCCACCAUCUGAGCUCAACUCUACAAACAAUGAUUUAGACUUAUCUGGUGACAUAUACAAAGUAAGAACUUCAUCUAAAAUAGAUGAUAUCUCUCUACAAGGCAGCAUAGAGGAACAUUCCAAAAGUUUUAAAAUUGAAACUGACAAUAUUACGGAGAGUGCCACUAGUUCUACCAAUUGUGUUCCUUUAGAUUCUAUUGUAGGUCAAGAUCUUACUGGAUUAGAUUAUGCAGGAACAACAGAAUUUCAGUAUUCUAUGUCAUCGGAUGAAAAACUGUUGUCGUCUGAUGAUUCACUUGACAGACGAAAGCGACGUAGAUCUCGCUUGGCAUCUUCAGACUGUGGAUUAUCAAGUGAUGAGUUACUGAACUUUGAUUCACCGAGUAGUAAAGGCACACCUAAUAGAGACGAUAGGAAAGUGUCGUUUAAAUCUGAAGUUACAUCUUGUCCAUCACCAAAACAUUUCCCUGACAAUGCUGUCCAUAAUGAUAAUGACAAAAAUGGAGAAUCUUGUCUGUGUAAGGAGGAGAUAGAGAAAGAAGAGGCCAUAGCCUUAGCUAAAGCUUUAGAAGUAUCUGGUAAGGAUCCACCUACACCUAAAAUACCCGGACUAACUCCAACAGAGAGGGAGGAAGUUAUAACCAUUAGAAUACAACCUGAUGAUUACAAAAGCAGAGACAAUAACAAUGAUAAUGAUAAUGCACCAAAGUUUUACUAUGAAGAUGUCCACUGGAAGAAAGGACCAUUACUGGGCACUGGAGCAUACAGCACCUGUUACCAAUCCAGAGAUGUUAAAACUGGGGUCAUUAUGGCUGUUAAACAGAUAUCAUUCUGUAGAAAUAGUUCCUCUGAACAAGAGAAGGUUGUAGAGACUAUAUCAGAAGAAAUACAGAUGAUGGCGAAACUCAAUCAUCCUAAUGUUGUCAGAAUACUAGGGGCCACUAAACAAGGAUGUCACUUCAAUAUGUUCUUAGAAUGGAUGCCAGGAGGGUCCAUUUCCUAUUUACUGAGUCAGUAUGGUAUUUUCUCUGAAGAUGUUAUGAUCAGUUAUAUAUUUCAAACACUGAGAGGACUGGCAUAUCUCCAUGACAACCAUAUACUUCAUAGAGAUCUGAAAGGUGCUAACUUGCUGGUAGACAGCACUGGUCAAAGGUUAAGAAUAGGAGAUUUUGGUGCAGCCGCUAGGUUGGCCUCUCAAACAACAGGUGCUGGAGAAUUUCAGGGACAAUUAUUGGGUACAAUAGCUUUUAUGGCCCCAGAAGUUUUACGAGGUGAGGAGUAUGGCAGAGCAUGUGAUAUAUGGAGCACUGGUUGUGUCAUAAUUGAGAUGACAAGCAUGAACCCACCAUGGGAUGCAAAGGCAGUUUCUAAUCACCUCGCUCUUAUUUUUAAAAUUGCCACAUCAAUGACUCCACCUCCAAUACCAGAAAAUCUGUCUCCACCAAUCAAAGAUCUGGCUUUAAGAUGUCUUGAAACGGAUAAAAAGGAUAGACCAUCUGCAAAAGAUCUUCUGCUGCAUCCUGUAUUUACUAAUUAUAAACCAAUAAGAUAAAUGAAAUAUUAGAUUUAUUGAAUGAGAUGAUCUUUUUCUUAUGUUGAAAGCACAAAUUUGCAAAAUCAAAAGUAACCUCAAUGGGUUGUUUUAAAUGUAGCUAAGAUGACUGGAAAAAGACAAUUUUUUGGGGAAAGGUGCUGAAUAUUUUUUCCCCCAAGAGGUAAUUUAAAACUUGAAUAGUAUGUAUACUAAUAUCAUAGUACUGAUAUAUUUUGGUGAUAAAAUAUAUAGCCAAGACAUCUGUAACAUAUCGCUCAUAACUCUCACUCGAUGUUAGGCAUAAAAUGGUUGAAUGGAAAAUUAAUUGGUAGAGGAAUUGAAAACUGAGAGCUGAAUAAAAUCAAGAGUAACAUGUUUGUACAGAAUAAAGAGAUUGUCUUUGUCAGCAGUUCCUACUUCACAACAUAUUGUUAUUGAAUUAAGAGUAUUGCAUCAGCAAUUAAAUGGUUAAUUCAGGGAUUGAAAAAUUUGUUCAUAUUAAGAAUUAAUGCCAUCAUUUGAAGAAGACAGAUCAUAAAUAUUUUUAUAUCAAUUAAAUUGAAUCAAGAAGCCUAAUUGUUUCAAGAAAUGGUUGUGAAUUUUUCUAUUCCAAAUCAUAUUUUUAUAUAUAAGAUAAUAUAUUUUACUACAAUUUGUAAAUUAUUUAUUUUAUCAAGAAAGCGAUUUUUUUACUCACUGUACAGUAUUUAAUGAUGCAUAAUAAAAUAUGAAUGAGAUAUAAAUCAACAUUGUAAUCAUUACAAGGUCAUUUUGUACAGUGGAACCUGUCAAUAGAAAAUCCCUUGGAGACUGAGGAAGGUUAUCUUUCUUUAAAACUUUUAGUCAUAAUCAACAUGGAUAUAAUACCUAAUCAUUCAGACUUUACAAAUAUUUUUUACUUUGAUAUUCUGACUUCAUAUAAAAAUUAAUGAACAAUUUUCAAGUUGUUAAAGUAGUUAAAUGAAAUUGAAAUUUUACAAGUUAGCAAAUUAUUUGAACCGGGAUUUUAUUGUACAAUCUAGUAGUAAAUAUUUUAUGAUGCUGAUGGCUGUUUAGUUCAACAUUGGCAUUUUUUUAAAGCAGGUUUCACUGUAUCUUAUCUAGUCAUAUAAUCAAUUCUCAAUGCCAAAAUCUUUGUAUAUAGUUAAGCUUUAUUGUAUAAAAACUCUGCCCACCAAAUCUUUAAUUGAUACUUAGAUUUGUAGUCUGUUUAGAUACUAGUUUUGAUAUAAUCAUAAUUUUUACAUGUUUGUUAUUAUUUUCUUUAAAGGGAACAACUUCCUUCUGCAUGUUUUUACACAAUAAAUUGUGAUGGUAUGAUAGAAAAUGAUAAGGGCUACAUGUUGGCUAUCAGUUUCCAGAAAUGAAUCUAAAAUUCCACUACAUCCCUAUUUUGGGGAAUUCCCAUACAUGACCUGAUUUCAUCUUAAUAUCAUACUUGUAGUAUGGAUAGCCAUCACACCCUAGAGUCUUCCCUUCUACAAUAUCCAGCACAGCUAAAUAAUUAAUAAAUUUCAAUGGAAAUUUCAGAAAAUUCUCUACUAAUUUAAGUUACUUGAUGCAAUUGUGCACCUAUUUUAUUUGAUUUUAGAUUAGAAGUUGGUAUUUUAAUACCGGUACUUUACCUUGUAUUUAUUAGGGGAGGUAUUACUGGUGAAAAAAGUUUUUUUAAAUUGUGAAUAUUUUUAAACAAAUAGUAACUUAUUUGGUGUGUAGAGAAACACUGUUACUGAAUACAAUAGUGUAAUGACAGUAACAAUACAACAUAUUUUGAAAAAAAUGCCAGAAUAGUUUUUGCUCAAUUUCCAUGCCUACUGUUAGUGCUCUUGUAUACAUAUUUCUGUCAUGAAAUUGAAUGUCCUUUAUAAUAUAAAUUCCAUAUAGAAGAAAUAUUCUGGAAUAUUAUUUUCACUGGAACAAAUAUAACAGUAUUUGUUCCAAAUGGAAUAAAGGGUAAAGAGUAUUUGUUCCAACAGACCGAUGUCCUAUAUAUUUGAUAAGAGAAUAGUAAGAGAUGAUGCUUUUAUCUUUUUGUACAAUACUGUGUGAUCUGUUAAUUUGGGGAUGUUUUCUGAAUACAAAUAGCAUAAAUAAGGCACUUAAGGCAAUACUCUUUAAUUUAAUUUCACCAUUUUGGUCAUUAUUAUACCAAAUAUCAUUUUUGAAUUAUUUCUUAUAUAUUUAUUUGAAGUUUAAUUAUUUUACUCUACUGGUUAUAAUCUUUAAAUUUCUGCACCAAAAUGUGUAUGCCCUUCUCCUGUACAUUCUAAAAAAAUUGUUGUCACUAUUGAGUAUUUAGAUCUGUUUUAUCAUUUCUAUUUACGUGUUUAUUAAUUUCACUAAAGUGCUAGUUUGGAUAUGCUUAGAUAUGAAAGAGUUUUGCAAGAAUUACCCAAGUUUUCUUCAGAUUUUUUUUUUAUUCAUUAUUCUAUGUUAUUUUAUAAUAUGAUGUUUUCCAUGAAAACAUUGUUCAUGUGAAAACUAUUUGAAGUAUGAUAUAUAUCAACGAUCUGUCUCCAAUCAUAUAACAUCUUAUCAUGCUUACCCUGAUAGAAGCCCCUGGAUGUUGUAUUCAAGUUAAAGUGACGUAUUUAUUAGUGUGUCUGAAAAUCAAAUUUGAGUGCCUUUGAAACAUUCCCAGAAGUUUAAGAGUUGAAAUCAUUUCAAUGUGACACAUCCUGAACAUGCAUGAAAUAUUUCCCACUGGAUGUUAAGCAACCAACAAUCAAUCAAUCAAGGAGGAAAUCUUAAUCAAUAAUUUCCCACAUUCCCUUUUACAUGUCAAACUAUCAGAAGACUGCAAUAAAAUAAGACAUAUAUGUCAUCUUUAAAAGUUGGCAUGUUCUUUUGUAUGUACUUUGUUCCUCCAAAAAGGGUUGGGAGGUUGAUAAUGAGAGGGACUUUUAAUUUUAAGAACAUAAUUUUGAUAAUUUAAAAAAAAAUCAUAGACUUUAAAAAUGGCUCAAAUCAUUAAUUAGGGCAAUAACAAUCAAUCGUUUUAAAAGAAUUGAUAAUAUAAGAUAAGUUGCACAAUGUAAAUAAUUUUUUAUGAAUAAUUUUAAGUCUAUGAAAUAAUUUGUAAGUCUUCCUUAGUAAACUGAUAAUUUAUGCCACUUAAAAUCAGUUUGCAGUUAAUCAUUGUAUGUCAAUCUUUUGUUUUAAUAUUGCGUUCUAUUUACAUUUUUUAAACUUGACACAGUAAAAGUCAUUAUUAGGUCAACAGCAUCUUUCAUCUUAUGAAUGCCCAAACUUUGGGUAUAUUGUAAUAAAUAGUCAGCAGUCAGAUAGUUUUACAAAAUAAGUAUUUCUCAGGUUUAAUCACUGAUGGUAGAAUGUGUUAUGAUAAACCACAGCAUAGCUUUAUCAUUUUUGAUAGUUUUUGGCUGUAUGAAAAGCAAUAAAAGUGUAUUACCUCCAUGGCUUGCAAUCUUUGCACAAGUAUCAGUUUAGAGGCCUGAUUGAAAGCAAUUUUUAUGCAUGUAAUAGUUUUUGGUAUCAUUGUAAGCUAUCUUUAUACAUGUAAUAGUUUUUGGUUUCAUUGUAGCUAUCUUUAUACAUAUAAUAGUUUUUGGUUUCAUUGUAAGCUAUCUUUAUACAUGUAAUUCUUUAUUGGCUUCGUUGCAGUCUAGCACAAUCUUUAAACAUAUUUGAUUGAUGAAUUCUGAAUUUUUCAAACCGUUAAAUGAUGUAGUUAGUACUUACGAAUUGGUAGACAUAUCUGAAUAGAAACAGUUUAUUAAUAGAAUAAAUAAUAUAUGUUUUGCUGUUAUUACUGGUAUUGUAGUUUUAAUGUUGUAAACUAAUACACGUCUGUUGUACUUUCAUGUUUUAUGCUUUCAUUUGUUUUGGUUCAUGAUUUACCCGCCAAAUAAUGUCUUGUCCACAUAAAGUUAUUUACUGUAAUGUUUCUGACCAAGAAUUUGUGUGAUUUAAUUGUACUCAGUCAAUUUACCCACCUAAGAUGAUUGACUUUAAUGUAUCUGACCAAGAAUUGUACUUGUCAACUGACCCACCUAAGAUUAUUAACUUUAAUGUAUCUGACCAAGAAUUGUACUUGUCAACUGACCCACCUAAGAUUAUUAACUUUAAUGUAUCUGACCAAAAGUUUAUGUGAUUUAAUUGAACUCUGUCAAGUUUCCCACCUAAGAUUAUUUACUUUAAUUUAUCCUGCAAUCGACCUUUCUACUAUACUAAUACAGGUGUACAGAUAACACGAAGUGAUAAACUUAUACUAGACGUAUACAGUCUCCUGGUAUCCUGCUUCUGUUGCGAGGGAACGGUUAUGUCAAAUUACGGUUUACGUCACAGUUCAAUUUGGGGUCCUCAUUGCGGUCCGCGUUUAGGUCAUGUCGAUUUCUUUCAAAAACAAAUUCAACGAUUGGGAUGGGAAAAAAAUGUACAAAAUUAAUUGCAGGAUAAAGACAAUAACUGUUUAGUGUCUUUAAAUAUCAGCUGUAUUUGUACUCGGCUCGAAACAGGAGUAAUAGCUCGCUGAAGCUCGCAUUACACCUGUUUCUUAGCCUCAUACAAAUACAGCUGAUAUUUAAAGACACUAAGCAGUUAUUGUCUAUAUAUCUACCAAGAAUUUAUGUGAUUUAAUUGUACUCUGUCCAAAGACUACUGCAUAUCAAUGUCAUUGAUAUCAAAGCACUUAAAAUAACCCUCAGUAAAAAUUGUUAGCAGCAAAUGGUUAUAAUGUAUCUUUUUAUUUCAUGCUAUUGUAGGGUUUGUUUUAGGUCAGUCUAUAUUUUAUCAUGUGUUAUAAUGUAUAUUGAGAUUCAAUAGCAGAUGAUUUAAAUGUCUGAAAAAUUUGGACAGGAGAAUUUUUCAUAUCAAAGAAAGACUAUUCUGUAUUUAAAAAUACUAUCUAGAAAGUAUUUAUAAACUUCUACAAUAAUAAAGUAUAUACUGGUACCCAAUUCCAAUCAAAGAUGAAGAUACAGUUCAUUUAGAUAAAAAUGUUGUUGAUAGGAAAAGAUAAUCAUCAUGUAAUAAAUAUUAACCAUAGGCCAAUCAAUUCAGAGACUAAUAUCAUUUCCUUCACCAAUCAUUCAUAAUAAUUCAUCUUCAUAAACUUUUUUUGCAUUUAAUGACCAUUAGACUGUAUAGAAAUACAUCUUUGAUAGUUUACACUUGACUUUUAUUUUCAAAGUACGUGACAUGAAGAUGUUGGAUAAAUAUUUUGUUUACAAAAGGAGUGAAUAUCUUUCAGGCAAAAUCUAAAAUUUCCAAACAUGUUUAAAGUCACUUUAUAAUAUUUCAAAUUAAUGUUACAUUGGUGCUUACUGGUUUAUUAAUGUAGGCUAAGAUAUUUGAGUCAAUUUUUUCUGUAAAAUGUUUUUAAUUUUUUUGGAAAUGCUAUAAUUUAUCCGACCUUUUUGAAUAAUUUUAAAUGCAUACAAUGAACAGAGGCGGAUUUAGGGGGUGGCCCAGGGGGCCCGCCCCCCCUUUUGUGGGAAAUAAUUGGUUAAUUAUAUAGGAAAUCACUGAAGCAUGACUGGAGCGGGCCCCCUCUUAUGAAAAUUUCUGAAUCCGCCACUGAUGAAUUUUAUGUCUUUACUGAAUCACACAAUAUUCAGUGUGGAUUUGUGUUGAACUUUUCCACAUGUUUAAUUGUUUGAAUUUUGGAAAGACAAAAACAAUUGUUGAUUUAAAUUUUUAUUUUAUCUUCAAAAUAUUCCCACAGCAAUACUAAUUUAGUAUUAAGACUGGUAGCAAAAUUAAAUUACUUUUAAUACUAUAAUUCUAAAGGUAUAAGAUAUUAGAUCAAUAAUAUAAUAUUUAACUCUUAAGUAAGUACAUGAUAUCAGUAAUAGAUACUUAAUUCCUAAUAGAAAAAAUACAGAAUUUAAAGGUCAGUUUUAAUGUCAAAGGUCAAAUUUCAUCAAAAGAAAUUUCUGCAAAAUCUAUUGAUGUAGCCUGGUACAUUCCAUAAAGUCACAGUAAAGUACCAAUAUGUUUUGUAUUAUUUUGUAAACCUUUUCUUUCUGAAGUCUUGUAUGUUAUGUGGUUUUAGGUUUUAUUUUGUCAGAUAUAUUUUUAAUUGGAUAUGAAUUAUUCCAAUUAGUUGUUACAUGUAUUAUAGAAAUAAAUUCUACAGAAGAA